CUGAGGAAAGGUGCGAAGGGCUCAUUAAGAGCAAGAUCCAGCUCGAGGCCAAACUCAAAGAGACAGCUGAGAGACUGGAGGAUGAAGAGGAAAUGAAUGCUGAGCUGACUGCCAAGAAGAGGAGAGACUGGAGGAUGAAGAGGAAAUGAAUGCUGAGCUGACUGCCAAGAAGAGGAAACUGGAGGAUGAAUGCUCUGAGCUGAAGAAAGACAUUGAUGACUUGGAGCUCACCUUGGCUAAAGUGGAGAAGGAGAAACAUGCCACGGAAAACAAGGUGAAAAACCUGACAGAAGAGAUGGCAUCUCAAGAUGAGACCAUUGCCAAGUUGACUAAGGAGAAGAAAGCCCUCCAAGAGGCCCACCAGCAAACACUUGAUGAUCUCCAGGCAGAGGAAGACAAAGUCAACACUCUGACCAAGGCCAAGACAAAGCUGGAACAGCAAGUGGACGAUCUCGAGGGAUCUCUGGAGCAAGAGAAGAAGCUCCGCAUGGACCUUGAGAGAGCCAAGAGAAAGCUUGAGGGAGAUCUGAAACUGGCCCAGGAAUCCAUAAUGGAUCUGGAAAAUGACAAGCAACAAUCUGAGGAAAAACUAAAGAAGAAGGACUUUGAGACCAGCCAGCUCCUCAGCAAAAUUGAGGAUGAACAGUCUCUUGGUGCUCAGCUUCAGAAGAAGAUCAAGGAACUCCAGGCUCGCAUUGAGGAGCUGGAGGAGGAGAUUGAGGCUGAGAGGGCUGCUCGUGCUAAGGUGGAGAAGCAGAGGGCUGACCUCUCCAGGGAGCUUGAAGAGAUCAGCGAGAGGCUUGAGGAGGCUGGUGGAGCAACAGCCGCUCAGAUUGAGAUGAACAAGAAGCGUGAGACUGAGUUCCAGAAGCUGCGUCGUGAUCUUGAAGAGUCUACCUUGCAGCAUGAAGCCACCGCAGCAGCUCUCCGCAAGAAGCAGGCUGACAGUGUUGCAGAGCUGGGAGAGCAGAUUGACAACCUCCAGCGUGUCAAGCAGAAGCUGGAGAAGGAAAAGAGCGAGUACAAGAUGGAGAUCGAUGACCUCUCCAGCAACAUGGAGGCUGUUGCUAAAGCAAAGGCCAAUCUGGAGAAAAUGUGCCGAACUCUUGAAGACCAACUAAGUGAAAUCAAGUCCAAAAAUGAUGAGAAUGUUCGUCAGCUGAAUGACUUGAGUGCACAGAGGGCCAGACUGCAAACAGAGAAUGGUGAGUUUACGCGCCAGAUUGAGGAGAAAGAAGCUCUCAUUUCCCAGCUGACCAGAGGCAAACAGGCCUUCACUCAGCAGAUUGAAGAGCUUAAGAGACACAUUGAGGAAGAAGUGAAGGCCAAGAACGCCCUGGCCCAUGCUGUUCAGUCAGCCCGUCAUGACUGUGAUCUGCUCAGAGAGCAGUUUGAGGAGGAGCAGGAGGCCAAGGCUGAGCUGCAGCGUGGAAUGUCCAAGGCCAACAGUGAGGUGGCUCAGUGGAGAAGCAAAUAUGAGACUGAUGCUAUCCAGCGCACUGAGGAGCUGGAGGAGGCCAAGAAAAAGCUUGCCCAGCGCCUGCAGGAUGCUGAGGAAUCCAUUGAGGCUGUGAACUCCAAGUGUGCCUCUCUGGAGAAGACCAAACAGAGGCUGCAGGGUGAGGUGGAGGACCUCAUGAUUGAUGUGGAGAGAGCUAAUGCUCUGGCUGCCAACCUUGACAAGAAGCAGAGGAACUUUGAUAAGGUCCUGGCAGAAUGGAAGCAGAAGUAUGAGGAGGGUCAGGCAGAGCUGGAAGGAGCUCAGAAGGAGGCUCGCUCUCUCAGCACUGAACUGUUUAAGAUGAAGAACUCCUAUGAGGAGGCCCUGGAUCAUCUGGAGACCAUGAAGAGAGAGAACAAGAACCUGCAGCAGGAGAUCUCAGAUCUGACUGAACAGAUUGGUGAGACUGGAAAAAGCAUCCAUGAGCUGGAGAAAGCCAAGAAGGCUGUAGAAAGUGAGAAGGUUGAAAUUCAGACUGCUCUGGAGGAAGCAGAGGGUACACUGGAGCACGAGGAGUCCAAGAUUCUUCGUAUUCAGCUUGAGCUCAACCAGGUCAAAGGUGAGAUUGACAGGAAGUUGGCAGAGAAGGAUGAGGAGAUGGAGCAGAUCAAGAGGAACAGCCAGAGGGUGAUUGACUCCAUGCAGAGCACUCUGGAUUCUGAGGUCAGGAGCAGAAAUGAUGCCCUGAGAAUCAAGAAGAAGAUGGAGGGAGACCUGAAUGAGAUGGAGAUUCAGCUGAGCCAUGCCAACAGGCAGGCUGCUGAGGCCCAGAAACAGCUGAGGAAUGUCCAGGGACAGCUCAAGGAUGCCCAACUGCAUCUUGACGAAGCUCUCAGAGGACAGGAAGACAUGAAGGAGCAGGUUGCCAUGGUGGAGCGCAGAAACGGCCUGAUGCUGGCUGAGAUUGAGGAGCUGAGAGCUGCUCUGGAGCAGACAGAGAGGGGCCGCAAAGUGGCUGAGCAGGAGUUGGUUGAUGCCAGUGAGCGUGUUGGACUGCUUCACUCUCAGAACACCAGUCUUCUGAACACCAAGAAGAAGCUGGAGUCUGACCUUGUCCAGAUUCAGGGUGAAGUGGAUGAUUCAGUUCAGGAAGCCAGGAAUGCUGAGGAGAAAGCCAAAAAGGCGAUCACUGAUGCUGCCAUGAUGGCAGAGGAGCUGAAGAAGGAGCAGGACACCAGUGCUCACCUGGAGAGGAUGAAGAAGAACCUGGAGGUCACAGUCAAGGACCUGCAGCACCGUCUGGAUGAGGCUGAGAACCUCGCCAUGAAGGGUGGCAAGAAGCAGCUCCAGAAACUGGAGGCCAGGGUGCGCGAGCUGGAAGGUGAGGUUGAGGCUGAGCAGAGGCGUGGAGCUGAUGCUGUAAAAGGAGUCCGCAAAUAUGAGAGGAGAGUAAAGGAGCUGACCUACCAGACUGAGGAGGACAAGAAGAAUGUGACCAGACUUCAGGACCUGGUGGACAAGCUGCAGCUCAAAGUCAAGGCUUACAAGAGACAGUCUGAGGAGGCUGAGGAGCAGGCCAACACUCACAUGUCCAGGCUGAGGAAGGUUCAGCAUGAGCUGGAGGAGGCUCAGGAGCGUGCUGACAUCGCUGAGUCCCAGGUCAACAAGAUGAGAGCCAAGAGCCGUGAAGCUGGAAAGGUAAUUUUUCCACAAAAUGUUCCAUUGCUUUUUCAGGAAGUGACUCUGCUGAAUGAGAUACAAGAUCCAGCUGAGGCCUUUUAA